AGUGGGUGCUGUUUGUUUGUGAGGGUGGCAGCGCUGAGGAGGAGGACGGGGACACGGUGCGGAGGCUGUCGGCUGGCCUGCCUGCUGCUCUCACGCUUCUCCAGGAAUGCUGCGAAUAUUUCCACAUCGCGCGGCCAUUAGUGAACAUCUUACAUGUUUGUCGUUGCUUGUUGCUGUGCAGUGCUUGCACAUAUGUCUGUAAAGGAUUGCGUGCUUGUGCCGAAGAAUCACUGUGUGUUUGGAGCGACAGGAUGCUGCUGAUUUUGAAGCUCGUUUGACUGAGAAAUCAUCGAGGGAUUUCGUUGGAUUUUCUUCUCGUUUUUUGAGUGAAGUUUACCUGGCAACAGGCUCUUGGGCACAUUUAAUACAUGACAUUUUGGAAAAUGGUGUUGUUCGCUUUGUCUUCGGCUCGGAAUAAACCUGGAUAACGAGAAGGAGAAGCUACGUGACACCACCCCGCGACCAGAGCAGCGUUCCUUGGCUGUGAGACAGAGGAUUUCUUCAGCUGUGGAGACAGUCAUCGGCACUUGAUGCAUCUCGGGGUGUCUGAGUCCAUGAGAGAGUGCGAGUACAGCCAGAUCAGCACUCGCAGCUCGACCCCGAUGGAGACCCCCUACAAGAAGAAGACCCCAAAGAGGAGGAAAUGGGAGUCGUUUCCAGGACGGAACAAGUUCUACUGCGAUGGAAGGAUUAUGAUGGCCAAACAGACUGGGGUUUUCUACCUCACCCUUGUGCUUAUUCUAGCCACAUGUGGACUUUUCUUCACCUUUGACUGUCCAUUCCUGGCUCUCCAGUUGACCCCGAUCAUCCCGGUCAUAGGAGGGGUGCUGUUCCUCUUUGUUUUGGGCUCACUGCUGCGGACGAGUUUCAGUGAUCCCGGAGUCCUGCCCCGGGCCACGCCAGACGAAGCAGCAGACCUCGAGAGGCAGAUAGAUGUGGCCAAUGGCAGCACCGGCUACAGACCUCCUCCUCGGACCAAGGAAGUGGUGAUCAAUGGACAGACCGUCAAACUCAAGUACUGCUUCACCUGCAAAAUCUUCAGGCCACCAAGGGCUUCCCACUGCAGUCUCUGUGACAACUGUGUAGAGCGCUUUGACCACCAUUGUCCCUGGGUGGGGAACUGCGUCGGAAGAAGGAACUACCGCUUCUUCUACAUGUUCAUCCUCUCACUCUCCUUUCUCACUAUCUUCAUCUUCGCUUUCGUCAUCACACACAUCAUUUUACGGUCACACAGCAGUGGGUUUCUCAACGCACUCAAAGACAGUCCAGCCAGUGUGCUGGAGGUGGUGGUGUGCUUUUUCUCAGUCUGGUCUAUAGUGGGCCUCUCAGGCUUCCAUACUUACUUGAUCAGCUCAAACCAGACCACUAAUGAAGAUAUUAAAGGUUCAUGGUCUUCUAAAAGAGGGAAGGACAACUACAAUCCCUACAGCUAUGGAAAUAUUUUCACCAACUGCUGUGCAGCGCUGUGCGGACCCCUGCCUCCCAGUCUCAUCGACAGACGGGGCUUUAUUCAAUCAGAUGCCCCGCAGAUGGCACCACCAACCAACGGCAUCACUAUGUACGGCGCCACACAGUCCCAGCAGAGCCACAUGUGUGAUCAGGAUCAGUGCAUUCAGAGCACCAAAUUCGUUUUACAGGCUGCCACCACCCCUCUCCUCCAGCAGCAAAGCAGUGAGCCCGUCAUCCUGACAGCUUCCCCAGAAAACGGGAUCCUGAGUGGUCGGACAGCGCUGUCACUGGGCGGUCCCUGUACCUCACUCCCCCUCGGACAACCCACUCCUCCCACGUCAACGUCGAGCCUGAGCUGUCAUGAAGUUGUGGACAUGUUACCCAUCCACACUCACACACACCCCCACACCCACACGCACCCCCACGCCCACAACCACACACACCCCCUUCAAGACCCCAUGGCUCAUCACCACUUCCUGACCCCAGAGGAAGUGCCCUCGCCGCCGGGCAUGCUCCCCUGUGGCAGCCCCAUGGGUCACAGCCCCACGGUGCAGGCGGGCUUCUAUAAUCCUGCCAGUCAGGACUCCCUGCACGAAGACUCUGUCAGAGGACUGGUCAAACUCAGCUCAGUCUGACACUGGCAGACCCCGAGCCCCCCGCCCAGCCCCCUGUGCCACAGACUCCACAGCACAUGCUGAACUGAAUAAGCUGUGGUCUACUCUGCUGCUACUAAUACCCUCAAGCCAGUGUUUUGCCUUUGCUGGAGUUGGGAGAGAUACUUGCCCAAUUAGCCCAUAGACAACACCUUUUUAGUCACUCGAAGGAAUUUCUUCUUAGAGGACCUGUUUCAAGACAAAAUGCCAUUUUCUGUGAAAAGCAAACCUGCUGAUUGGACAAUGUGUUUGGCCAUAUUUGGACUUUUAAGUCAGCAUUUCAACAAUUGGUUUCAUGAUAUUGCAUAUCAUGUUGAGUUUUUUUCUACGUUUAUGUAAGAAAAUAAGACUGUACUGUUUCAUGGUAUUACAGAAAAAUACAAAAAUAUAUUUCCUGUGGAUAUUAAUAAAACUUUUUAUCAGA